UUUGACGUGGAAUAUUUCCGUAAAGAGACGAUGGAGGAGUAGCAACGUGUAGCUCGAAGCUAUCCCGUGAUAACCUUAAACCGAGACGGGAUUUAGCCCCGAACCCCAGUCAGAUCUGGGUUGACCGGAGCCGACGGACACCAGUCUGUGACGGACUGAUCCCUUUGUGCUCCCCGCCUCCCUCCGACCAGCUACAGUCAUGAUUAAAGCCAUCUUAAUAUUCAACAACCAUGGGAAACCGAGGCUGUCUAAAUUCUACGAGCAUUAUAGUGAAGACACAGAGCAACAGAUCAUCAGGGAAACCUUCCAUUUGGUCUCGAAAAGAGAUGAAAACGUCUGUAAUUUCCUAGAAGGGGGAAUGUUGAUCGGGGGAUCAGACUACAAGCUCAUCUACAGACACUACGCCACACUCUACUUUGUGUUUUGUGUCGACUCCUCAGAGAGUGAACUAGGAAUUUUAGACUUAAUCCAGGUAUUUGUGGAAACGCUGGACAAAUGCUUUGAGAAUGUCUGUGAACUUGACUUAAUUUUCCAUGUUGACAAGGUCCACAACAUUCUGGCAGAGAUGGUGAUGGGCGGGAUGGUCCUGGAGACCAACAUGAACGAAAUCAUCACGCAGGUGGACGCCCAGAACAAGAUGGAGAAGUCUGAGGCCGGUAUUGCAGGAGCGCCUGCUCGUGCCGUGUCAGCUGUAAAGAACAUGAACCUGCCGGAAAUGCCCAGAAACAUCAACAUUGGUGACAUCAGCAUAAAAGUGCCAAAUUUACCCUCCUUCAAAUAGUGGCAGCGAGAUCCUGAACCUGCAGAUGUCAGCCAAUGUUUACUGUGAUGCAAUCUGUUUACCAAAACCUCAAAAAUUACUAACUUUUAUCAAAAAUUAUACAUCUUGAAGGUACUGUGUAAUUUGACACUCCUUGUUCUGGUGUUAUAUCUUUGUUUUUCCGAUUAAAGAAUGUUUUUUUUUGUGUUUUGGGUUUUUUCUUCUGUUUGAAAGAAAAAUGAAGUAUUUAUUUAUCAGUGGUACAUUCCUUCUGCCCCACUGGAGAUUGACUCUUGACAUUCGGUUCCUGAAGUACAGAUCUGUGUCAGUUUGUAACUGAAAUAAUUUCACAUACUUUAGUGUUUACUCUAAAGAGAAAGCCUGGCAGAAGAAAGUGACAUUUUUGACAGUCUUUCUGGUUUGGCUAAUCCAAACCAGAGAAAUCAAUCAAGGAAGAAAGUAAUGAAACCAUUUCAAAUCCCAAAUUGAAACAGGUCUGCGACAGUAUUGAAAAGUUAUACAUUACAGAAUAUUACUAUAAUGCAAAAUAUUGCUGAUAUGCUGUGUGACAGAAAUAUGGGGAAAAAAAAAAUAUAUAUAUAUGCUGAAAUGAUUUUUUUCUUAUUUGUAUGCAAAAUAUUUUUAAAUGAUUUAUCAUGUCUUAUCAAAAUAUUCUUAAUUUUCAUCUGUGCAUGAUUUUUUUCUCUUCUUUUUCAACAUAAUAAACUGUCGAAACUCGA